AUGUCAUACAAUUCUUCGUCCUCCCCAACCCGAUCAACGCCACCUUUAUCGUCUUCUCUCGCAAUUCCAGCGGAAAAUUCUUCCGCAAACUAUGAUCCAUUCUUCUCAACAUUCGAUCAGAAUUCCUUCGCAAGUCACUUCUCGUCAACAGGUAUACAAUAUCCGUUUUACUCCGAUGCAGCAACAUCCUACUUUUCAAGUCAAGCAAGAACAUAUUCAGAUUAUCUCAAUCAACAAACCGAACAACCAACAAAUACAACUGCAUCAUCAACCACACCCAUAACAAACUCAUGGUACCAACCACCGCAUUGCACCGAUCCAAGAUUCGCAAUGUCACGGUUGUUAACUGGUCAAUCUUCGUCACAAUACGAUAUGUAUCAGUCUGCUGCAGCGAUGGUCGAUCCAUUAAAGUCUGCCUAUCAUCCAUUUGCAUUUACACCGAAACGUAAACGACGAGUUCUAUUUACUCAACAACAAGUUAUGGAACUGGAAAAACGUUUCGAUAAAAAUCGUUACUUGAAUGCGCAAGAUCGCGAUCAAUUAGCUCAUUCAUUAAGUUUAACAUCCACACAAGUGAAAAUCUGGUUUCAAAAUCAUCGGUACAAAACGAAAAAAGCAUCGAAAGAAAAGCCAGGUAACAAUUGUAGCGACAGCGGAGAUGAACAACAGCAACAACAAUUACCAUCGACAAAUAAUCAUCAUCAUCAUCAAAUGCAAUCAAGCAUGUUCCAUUCUCAAGUACCUAUACCAGGUCAAGCUCAUCAGCGACUUCAUCAUGCCCAUCAUUUACAUCAUCAUCCACCUCUUCAUUUACUUAAACACGAACCACGAUAA